GUCCUCGCCCACGCGCUCGUCGCCACCGGAGAAGUUGAGCUUCCCCCUGGGCGAGGAUAUGGACCAGGUGGAGAAGAGCUUAGCAAAUUCCGAUAGCUUCGGCUUGGGCAUCGACGAUCGAAACAACAGCAAGAGGUCCAAGCUGUCCUCCUCUGAGAAGACCGAAGACAGUCAAGUUGAAGUGCCAGUGGCUACGGUGCCCGCCAAGAGUCCUGCACAAUUCUUCUUGAUUGAUCCCAGCUGGACGACCAAGCUGGUUUGGGACAUUUAUGUGAUGUUAGUGGUACUUUGCGAUGCGAUGGUGCUUCCUUUUCAGCUCUCCUUUAAGAAUGGCAUGCAGCUGGACGCCUUCGACGAUUUUUGGUUUUGGCUUACAACCUUGACUUUCAGCGCAGACAUCUUCGCCAGUUUUGACACGGCACUUCGUGACGAGGAAGCAGAAGACGUCCAGGAUGCCGUGAUCGUCGACCGCCAUGUCAUUGCGAUGACCUACUUGAAGGGUUGGUUUGUCUUGGACUUUGUCAGCACCGUACCAUGGAGCCGCAUAGUGGAUAGCCUUUCAGAGGGCGGUGGUCCCAUGGUGACCGUGGCGAAACUCGCGAAGGUGCUGAAAUUUAUCCGGAUCGUCCGGCUGAUGAAGAUGCUCCGCGCGAAGAAGUUGAAGGACAUUUGGGAGCAGGUGGAGCGGCGCAUCGGCUCUGUGGCAAUCGUCCAGGGAAUGAUGUUGAUCCGAGUCUUGCUGGUGGUGGUAGGCAUUUGCCACUGGAAUGCUUGCCUUUUUUGGAUCAUCGGGUGCGAAGAUAGUAUCGUCACCGAUUUCCUCCCCACGGCUUUGAAGAAGGAGUUUGACAGCAUGCCCCACUGGACCACGAUUCCACGGACCAAAGGGCUUGAAGAGCCAUGGGCAUGGUGGAAUAAGCCCAUGUUCGAGCAGUACAUCUUUUGCUUCUAUUGGACACUUGGGGUAAUGCGCACCAUGCCCGCGGAAGUGACUCCUGUGAAUCUGGUGGAGCGUAUCUUCGUGCUGUGCUUCAUGUUCUUCGCUCUCUCCGCCUUUGCGGUGUCAGUGGCCUCGCUGACGCAAGCUUACUUCAAGAUCAGCGAGCGUGGCCGAAGCUUCAACGAUGAGAUGUUCGCGAUCCGUAUGCACCUUCACAAGUUGAAGGUAGAGGAACACUCGCAACGGAAGAUCAAGGAGUAUCUCCAUCACAAGUUUACCCGCCGACGGAUUAUGGCAAAGGAGGCAAACUUGCUGAAAGAGCUGCCGCCGGUUCUGCAGCAUGAAAUCGACUUUGCGAAGAACCUCCAACACCUUCAGCACUUGUCCUGCAUGAAUCAUUUAUCCCAAAGCAUCAAGAAGCAGAUUUGCCUAGGCGUCACAUCGAUGGACAUGCUCGCGGGGCAGAUCAUUGCCACCUCUGGUAACGA